UUGUAUAAGGAAUCAACUGUACGACAACUUUACAAUUCGAACUUCAGUUUUACAUUAUUUACCUAUAUCAAGUAAUCAAUCGAAUUGAAGUAGGUGCCGAUACUGUGACCUAAUCCUAAUGCAAUAAUUUUGUAUUAUUGAUCAAACUCUCAACAAGAAGACAUGACAAGUGACGUCGAAGCUGCCAUGAAUCGCUUUGAAUAUUUUCGCAAAUGGAAUCAAGAAACGAUUGCAGAAUGUUGUUCGCUCUCCAAAAUUAAACGUUAUAAUGAAAAUAGUAUUAUAUUAGGUGACGGUUUUGGAUUAGCAAAUUACGUGUAUUUCGUGCUGAAUGGAAGGUGCAAAAUUGUAGAGGAACUAUACGUUGAGAACAUAAAAUCUCGGUACAAGCUUCUCAAACCAGACAGAGAUGUCCACCAGCAACAAGCAACAAACUCCACAAAAACGAAAAAUCUUCCACCAAAGGCUGAAAUGCACUUUAUGCAAGUUUGCAUACUGAAUCCGCUAUCAUGCUUCGGCUUUGGCGAAGCCAUGGAAGGCAGAAGAGUAAUUUCAACCGAACCGACUGAAUGUUUGCUGAUCCCUCACUACUGGUUAACUCAACAGACUUUGAACAACUUGUGGAAUAAGAUUGAUAUUUUUCUACGUAGACACAUACCGUCAACAAAAUAUGUGUUCCAUGAGUUUGUAAAUCAAAGAAAGUGGAAGAAGAAUCGGGAGAAUAUUUCCAGACAAAUUUUAACAGCAAAGAAGGGUAGUAGCGGGAAUAAAGUAUCCAACGUUCCUUAUUUUUUGAGAAUUGGCAAAAAUAUAGAUAGCUAUUAAAGCAAGUGGUUAUUCGUUCCCUUUGUUUUAUUUAUCACUCGAGAAAUAAAGUUUUUAAUUGUUCUUUUCUUGAUUAUGUUUCAUGUUUGGUGGAUUGGAUGGAUCUCCAUCCCAGGUUCCUCACACCAGAACAGAAACUUGUCAGGAAGUUUACGAGGAAAGUAUAUCCAAGAAAUCGAUAUUUUUUUAAACAAUGAAUGAAAACGCAAUGUUUAGCGGAAAAAUGGAUAUACUAAUGAUAUUCUUGUGUUGUGAGCGGAUUCUAUUGAUUGAGUACGAGAAAAAAGGGUACUUCAAUUAACGGAAUUUGGAUCUCCAUAGGUGCGGAAGUACGCAACUUUUUUUUAAGUACA